AUGGCACCUCUAAAAGUGUCAGUCGACAUUGUCGAAUCUGAGAGAGCUCCAGAGGUUUCAACUCCAUUUCUACCCGAUGAGGAAGCCAAGCAAAAAACAACAUUAAGACGAAUUCGCGACUCAUCUCGAAAUAUCGCACGCCUCUUCAAACAAGCGUUUCAGCAAGCAUGGCGCGACCUUCGAGAUGCGAGACCGAAAAAGUGGUACACUCUGCGGUGGCUAGCAUUUCUCUCCGUCUUGUGGAGCUGCGCGUUGAUUGUCCUCAUCGUUUGCUUUGCUCUGCUCUCUGCUGGCAAGUUUGGCUUCGAGGACAGCUCAUGCCAUCCAGAUGGCGAGUUUAGUCCUUUUCGAAACAGCUUCAAUUGGUGGGCGCUCAAGGGGACAUUUCAAAUUACCCUGAAGGUCGGGAAUUUUGAUUUUGCGACGGCCAAGAUUAUCGACGUGAUAUGGGAUCUCGUGGUUGGUCGAGGAGGGCAGACGAUACUCACUCUGAUAUCAUGGCGGGCAUUCUCCGACUAUCUUGCUGUUUCAAUCAUAACCAAGCCUGCUACCUACACGACUGUGUGGCUUCUGAGAUUUCAGACAGAUCCGUCCUUCGUCUCCAUCAUGAGCCUCCUACAUCAAUUUGUCUUCCGACGGGGCUUGGCUUCGAGAACUGCCAUGUCCUUCAUGGUCGCAGCAGCUCUGCUGAUUCUAGCUUUUCCCACCGUUGCCAGUUCAAUGACUGGAUACACAACCGUCAAUAAAGCUUACAUCGAGGUACCGGAGACUGGUCUCGUUGAGUUUUCGGCGACUUACCCAGCGGCAUAUGUCAUCCACGACGGUUCAAGGAUUGGUCUACAGGAUGAAUACCUAGUGCGUCUGGUGGACUAUUCUUCCGGGGACCCGAUGAUAGACGAUGAGUCGUAUCUUCCGGAAUCCUAUUGUCGAGACUGGGAAACAAAAGAAAAAGCAGGACGGGGGUGUUCACUGCAAUACGACGUUGCAAACCAUGUUCAAGAAUAUGGAUGGUCAGCCACGAGCAAUAAAGAUGACCAAAUCAACGCCACCUUCAACAGCACGUUAAAACUUCGAGGCGGACCACUCAACAUAUCGCCCUAUUACAUACCCUACCACCUCUGGUUUUACUACAACUGGUCUGACCCUAACAACCUUACUGAGGGGAGAGACUCGAAGGCGUCAAUUAGCCAGGCAAAGGACAAGAAAAGGCUUGUGUACGAUGUUUCAGGGAAACCGUUUAAUCUUACGGAACUGGAGAAAGCGGGAAACUGUUCACCAGUUCCAGACCGAUUCCAGUGGGGUUUCUCGUUCCUUCAAGUCCUUGCUCUGUCGAUAUUUCUCCUACUCUGGACCUUUGGUAUUGCCAUCAUGUGGACGAAAGCCCACAUGACGCUAAAGUUGAACGGGUGCUCUACACAUUCAGCAGGAUGGAAGUCGCUUCUCGAAUAUGCGAGCGCCAUAGAAGCCGAACUCAAAGAAGCUGGUAUCGACCACCGGAGUCUCGACGAUGACCAACUUGACGAGAAGAUUCAAUCCGUACUUCAUGGUGGAACAGUCUCGUCUUCGGAUAUUCUCACCAAAGGGAUCUACAGCCUACGGCACGACGCGGGCCAGGGCAUAUUUGCUUUCUUGCCUCAUGUUGCGCAAUGGAUAGGCAGAGAAAAGUGGUGGUUCCUCGCCCUCAUCUUUUGGCUCCCGGCCUGCCUAGCCAGGACCAAGUACAAAUACUUCCUUGAUGAAGCAGUGUUGAUGGGCAUCUACGGAGCGUCCAUGGCUGCGUUUGGGGCAGUGGUCGCGUCUAGUGCAGUCAAAGCGGCCCUCGCCGAGCAAAUGGCCGACUGUCAACAGCUUCCCACACCAGCUCAAUUCACCCGAACGUACGGCGCAUGGGCAGAUGGAGGUUGGGGCAUGAUUAUGACGGGUAACGUCCAAAUUAACGAAGAGUUCCUCGGAAGCCCCAAUGACGCGGCUAUGAACGGAAGUAUCGCGGAGGAGAAGGUUAUCGCGGCCUACAAGGGGUUAGCUGAUGCUUGUCGACGGGCAGGGACACCAGCGAUCAUGCAGAUUAAUCACCCUGGUCGGCAGUCCCCGUUAAGAGCUGGAACAAAGUCAUUUUGGACCAAGAAUCUUGCUCCGAGUGCUGUGCCCUUGGACAUGGGCUCGGAUUUGGUGUCAAGGUUGGCGAGCUGUGUCGUCUUUGGCACCCCCAAGAAGAUGACUCUCGAGGACAUCCAAACAGUCAUCCAGCGCUUCGCCAACGCGGCAAGGAUUGCUGCUGCCGCUGGAUUCGACGGAGUAGAAAUCCAUGCUGCUCACGGAUACCUGCUUGCACAGUUCCUAUCAGCAAAGACUAACCUCCGAACCGAUGCUUAUGGCGGAUCAGUGACAGCCAGGGCAAAGAUUGUUACGGACAUCAUCAAGGCUGUUCGCGCUGUCGUGCCCACAAACUUCUGCGUUGGCCUCAAGUUCAACUCUGCCGACCAUCAAUCUCCUACAGAGUUGCAAGAGUGUCUUGAGCAGACUGCUUUCAUUGCCGAAGCUGGCCUGGACUUUUUGGAGGUCAGCGGAGGAAGCUACGAGAACCCAACAAUGAUUAUGGGAACUGAGGAAAUUGCAAAGUCAGAGAAGACGGCAGCAAGAGAAUCCUUCUUCCUAGAGUUUGCCCGCGAAAUGAGAGCCAAGCUUCCAGACAUGCCACUCAUGGUAACUGGAGGCUUCCGCACUCGUCUAGGCAUGGAAGCAGCUCUAAAGGAAGGAGCCUGUGACCUCAUCGGCAUUGGAAGACCAUCAGUCCUAAACCCCUCUCUUCCAGUCAACACCAUCUUAAACGCCGAGGUCAGCGAUGAAGACGCCAAGUUGUACGCACGCAGAGUACAUGCUCCUUGGCUUCUGAAGAAGUUUGCGCCUAGAUCAGUUGGUGCGGGCGUUGAAAGCGCUUGGUAUAGUAAGCAGAUGCAACAGAUGGAGAGAAAGUGA